AUGUCGGGUUGGAGACGUAUCAGUGUCGGCGUCAUCGGUGGUGGCAUCGGCGGUAUGUCGGUCGCCAUCGCCCUGCGUCGUGCCGGUCAUGACGUGACUAUCUACGAGAAGUCGGAUUUCGCCGGCGAAGUUGGGGCCUCAGUGUCCUGCGCGGCGAACGGUACUCGCUGGUUGCAUGAAUGGGGCGUGGAUGUCGCUAAGGGCGACCCGGUGGUGUUGAAGAAGCUGAUCAACCGCGACUGGAAGACGGGCGAGCCCGUCAGUGUCUAUGAUUUAGAUGAUUAUGAGAAGCGCUGGGGAUAUGUGUACAACAUGUUCCAUCGCCAGUAUAUGCACUCCAUGUUGAAGGACUCGGCGCUGGGCGCAGACGGCGAGGGAACUCCCGCCAAGUUAAUCGUGAACCACCGAUGCCGCAACAUCGAUCUCGCAACCAGCACCAUCACCUUUGAAAACGGCGUGACGGCACAGCACGAUCUCAUCGUCGGCGCCGAUGGCAUCGGUUCCGCCGUCCGAGGCAUUCUCGGCAUUAAUCCAGCAAAGCGUCCGUCGGAGUCUAGCUGCUUGCAUGCCAACGUCAGCACCGACGAAGCCGUCAAGCUGGGGCUGGUCGAUUAUUCCCAGGACAGUGCCCUCGAAUACUGGGGUGGCCAAGAAGGCAAAUGGGACAAGAUCGUGCUCUCACCCUGCAACGGCGGCAAGCUGCUCUCCUACUACUGCUUCUUCCCCCGUGACCAGGGUGACUACUCCACCCAAGCAUGGGGAGCCGAGAGCCGCCCCGUCGAGGAACUGCUGAAGCCCUACCCCCAGCUUGACCGCCAGGUCCUCCAGCAUCUUGCGAUCGGUCAGGAGAUCCAGCCCUGGCGGCUGUGGGUGCAUGACCCAUAUCCAUAUAUUCACCAGGCCAACGUCUGUCUGUUGGGGGAUGCCGGCCAUCCCAUGAUGCCACACCAAAGCCAGGGUGCCUGUAUGGCGAUCGAGGAUGCCGCCGCGCUCGGCAUCCUGUUCCAAAAGAAAUACUUCAAUGGCGACAUCGCAGAGUCCCUAGCCGUGUAUGAGGAGGUGCGCUUGCCACGAGCGACUCGAGUGCAAGCUGCCGCCGCGAAGGCUGCCUACAACAUCAAUGAGAGAAUCGGAUUUUCCGUCAACAAGGAUACCCCCACUUAUAAGGUCGAAGAUCCGAAGAAGGUCUUGACCAUCGAGGAGAUGAACUCAUACGACAUGUAUCGCGACGUGGAGGAGAAGCUGGCGGCAAAGCGCGGGACGCGGUACAGCGACCAAUUCAUCUGUGGCCUGCCCAUUGGCCUAGAAUUGCCCAAUGGGAUCACUGUGGGUGCGGCCGCGUAA